GGAGAAAUUUUAAGUCACCUGUGACAUCAAGAUCAAGCCUCAAGCGCGGGUGUUUGUUUACCUUCAAAGGAAAGGAGAGAGGGUAUUCCUCAGAUGUUUUGAUCUCUACACUUUUUCCUAUUGCUUUCCGGGAGGUUUGAAGAACCAUGGAGCAUGAAGAAGCACAAGAAGAAGAGCAAAGUAUCAUCCACCUACUGACCGAGACCAUUCAGUUGGGGGACAUAAGAUCAACUGGAAAAGUUUCCAGUGUGCUAGAUGCUGUCACCUCCUAUUUAAGAUCUGAUCCUCCUCCCAAGGAAGGAGUACAAGCUGCAAGAAUGGCAUUUGGAUUGAUCUUACCUCAUCUUCAAGUUGACAAGACUUCUCUUUGCUUGUUUGAUGUAGCUUUUUCUUUUCUCAAGCUUUCCUACGAUACAUUUUUAGAAGGUUGUACCAUGAAGGAUGCCACUGCCAUGAGUCAUGUUGCUGACCUUCUACAGCAAUGCUGUACUGUGUCAGAAUGCUGUGGACUGGCAAUGAAGUUUUUACAGCAAGCUGAAAAGAUUGCUGUUGAAGAUUUGGGGAGUGCUCCCAGAGUGUUUCUGCAUAUAGUUACCUCUUCACUUACUCAUUGCAAACAAAGUGAGAUUAUUUACACUGACCAACUAUAUCAAGUAAAAGACUCUCUGUCAAGCCUCUUCCGUCUCUCAGCUGAAGUGGCAACAAAUUUUGCAAGUCUAGUAUUUAAACUUACCUUUGAUUCUCUACAAGAGGAUGACUUAAGAAUCCUUACCGAAGUUUGUGAUAAACUGUGCACAACAGCUGUGUGCCUCUCACAGCUUUCAGAAGUUCGAGGAAGUGUGACAGUGUGGCGUGCAUACACUGGCCUCAUCCAUCAGUACCAUGGGGCACUUGUUACCCGGCUAGACCUCUCUCCUCCCAUGACAGCAUUAGUGAAUGAAAUCAAAGAUGGGCUGCAGACCUUGGCAUCAUUACCAGUGAAAGAUAUUGCAGUGGAGGAGAAAGACAAGAAAAUUGUCCAACGGAUUAUUAAAAUGACCAGCUUUUGCCUGAAGGUUGUUAUAGCAUUAUGUGAGAAGUUCCAUGGUUAUUUGAUGGGUUGCCAUGCUACUCUGGUCUUGUUAAUUCUGCUCUUGUUCAGAUUUUCUCCCAAGAAUGCAGUAAUGUGUGACCAUCCAGAUGAUGUAAAGACAGAUCUUGAGCAUCAAGUGGCUGUUGGUAUUGAACCACUUUUGAUGCAUCUCAGGGAUGACGAAGAUUUUAUUGAGGAAGUUCGAGAAUCAACGAAUGAGGAAACAAGCGUUGUGAAUGACUGGGGCUGUCACAUUCAGCUCUUGAUAGCAAUUCUUUUUCCUCUCAGAAGCAGCAUCACUCAUCAUAUGAACUCCAUUGUCUCCAAAAUUUUUCAGGCCACAGAUAAAGGCCAUGCAAGUUUAUCCUUUCCAUGUAUGAUGGAUGGGGUCAUGUUUGGAGGAAAGCCCCUGACUGCUGUAACACUGUAUGAACACACAGUGAUGCGGGUCUGCGCUGCAGUAGCUGCCUUUGACUCGCAGCAGUUUGAGUUGUUGGAGAGAGACCUGGUGCACUGGCUUCUCACUGGACAAACAUGGUCUUCACUUUUAGCUGCCGAUGUCUGGUGUUUUAUUGCAAGGUAUGGAACAAGUGAACUGUGCAAAACACAUUGUGUCUUUCUUCUGGAGAUUUUGAGUCAGACCCAAAACACCCCGGCCUCUAACCAACACCUAGUGGUGGCUGCCCUCCUAUCAAGGCUUAUGGGAAAACUUUCUCCCAGCCAUAAGGAUGUCAUCAUGUCAGAGCUGCGAGCAGCAAAGCAAAGAGAAAAAGGUGGUGGAACAUGGCUCAGGAUAAUACUCAGUAAGUCUGAAGAAAUGCCAGAGCCUCAGAACUCUGUGGAAGGUCUCAUGCAGCAUAUGAAUAAAAUUACUUCGAAAUCUGCUAAUAGUGAAGAUGUAAUGAAUUUUAUGGAGAGCCUACAAGAGACAGAAAUGCAACUAGGAGGAAUUUCAAGAAACGUCAGUGCAGAAGAGUCUUUGUUAGCAAGACUCACUACACCUUUUGUUCUGCUGUGGACAAGGAUACCAUUUAAUUACAUCAAAUGCUCUCUUGUGGAAAAGCUGAUUUGUGGUCUCUUGAAAGUAUCACCAUCAUUCCUGAGCUAUCUGUCGAGUUUGCAGUUACUUCAGAUCUUGUUUUCUGUGAAAACUUGCUGCCUUCAAGGAUCUGUUACAGUGAGGAUCAGUAUAUGUGACUUCAUGACUGCCCUGGGAUGCUGCCCUCUCCCUCAGUCCUCUCACCUUCAUGCCACUCUAAGUGUCAUGUCAGAUGUGAUAUCGGAUAUGAUGAAGGAUUUGAAUCCCCUUGUCCAUCAGUAUGCAAUUGAUGCUUUUGUUGCAAUUGGUAAACAUACUGCCCAUGAGGAGGUUUUGCCCAUGUGCCUGGAGGGGUGUGGAGGAGAAGUGCGAGAACAGGUUACCCUUUACCUUCAGCAAACUCCUCACUCCACUGAACAACCACUUCUUUCACUACUGGAGUACCAGGGUGAUAAAAUGAAGAAGGACUGUACAUCACAACAGAAAAAUGAUGCCAUUUUGAUUGAUCAAAUGAUGAAGCUUGAAAGCCAACAAACGACCAGUAAUCAUCAUGAUCAUCACGAAGAAUUCAGUGCAUCCAAACGGCGUAGAGAGACUGUGUCACGAAAUGGAGAAAUUUCUGAUGUGAAUAUAUUGCUUGAUUCUUUAAACAGGUCUUAUUCUCUUGUAAAGAAAAUCAAAGAAAAUGCUGUGUUUGUUGAUGGUGAGGAUAGUAAAAAAGUAAAGACCAUUAUUGAAAGAAUGCAGCAUGCUUGGGACACUGAUGAGUCAGCAGUGGUGGGUUGGGCAACUGCCCCACAGCCUGCUUUCACUGAUUGAUUGACUGACAUAGUAGACAAUGAAAAUAAAUAGAUUUUGUACAUUACCCAAUAAACAUUAUGUUACA